AUGCCUUCCGUUGGCAAGAUUCUACUCGCCGCUGUCAACUUGUCAGUCCUUGUUAAUGGACUAACGUGGACCUCAUGUGGUACCGGCGUAGAAUGCGCAACCCUUGAAGUUCCGCUCGAAUAUGGCGAUUCGAAGUCAACAGCAAAAGCAAAUGUCGCGCUUGCUCGUUAUCCUGCCACUGUAGCAGCGAACAAGAAGCUCGGGUCUCUUUUGAUUAAUCCCGGUGGACCCGGUGCCAGUGGUGUUGGCUUUGUGCAGUCCGAGGCCGGUGCCGCGGUCUCGGCACUUAGCGGUGGAUUAUACGAUGUUAUCGGAUGGGAUCCACGUGGAACUGGUGCUUCGGCUCCUAUCUUGGAAUGCUUUCCAAAUGCCAGUGCGGAGUAUGAUUUCAACAACGCAUUUCCAUCUGCUCCAAAUCUUUGGCUCGGACAAUUUGCAAAUGCUAGCGCCAAUGCUGCUGUUAGCUCUGCUAUCACAUCUUUUGACACCUCUGUCGCUGCUCUUGCAAAAGCCUGUGUAGCUCAGAAAUCUCCCGCUCUUUACACCUCAACAGCAGCAUAUGUUGUCCGAGACAUGGCAGCGAUAGUUGAUGCAUUAGAUGGAACUUCUGCAAAACUCAACUACUGGGGUUUCUCAUAUGGAACUAUUUUCCUCGCAGAGUUUAUCCAAACUUUCCCAGGCCGCGUAGGAAGAGUUAUUGCCGAUGGUGUCUUUGACGCAAAGGCAAACGCCCUUACAUACGUCAGCCAACUACCAAACGAUCAAGUCAGUGUUCGUACUUCUUUGAACGAUUUCGCAUCUUUCUGCACCACCGCCGGUAGUAAAGGAUGCUCUUUUGCCACCGCUCCUACUGGAGUCACAGGUACUGUGGCCACCAGACUUGACAACAUAAUGGAGAACAUAUUCAAGAAUCCUAUUGUUGCUUCGGGCUUAAGCAUUAGCUUGGAUAUCCUCAGUCCCCUUCUUGCAUCUCUUCUGAGAGUUCCAACCACUUGGAAAACACUUGCAUCUGUCCUAUCCGGUCUCGAAACCCGUGACGCAACUGCUCUUAUUUCACUCCUUGGGUCCUUAGCAGCGAGUGCACCAACCGAUGGCUCCGCAGCAGGUGUCGGAACUCUUGCCACUUACCCACUUGGUUGCGUUGAUAAUGCUGCGUCAAAUGGAAUUACGUUGGACACUGUCAUCUCUCUCACAAAAAGCAUUUCAAUCUCCGAAAAUACUCCAAUUCUAAAUGCUGAUCUUAUCCCCAUCACAUUUUGCCGCAACUUCCCCUCCACACGUCCGCUUGUUCCAAACGUAGGAGCGAGUUUAAUGGCGAAAACAGAUACUCUUCUCGCAACAGCCAAAACACCAAUCCUUAUCGUCUCAGCCGAGAAUGAUCCGACAACACCUCUCAAGUCCGCAAAAGCACUCCGCAGUCUACUCCCUACUUCAUCCACCCUUGUAUACCGUGGAGGAAGUGGACAUACAACUAUCUCACAUGCAUCUCUCGGAAUGGCAAAAACGAUCUCCAAUUUCUUUGUAAGCGGUACAAUGCCCAAGGAUGGAGCUCGCUUUGCGGUGGAUCAGAAUGUUUUCCCCACCGCUGCAGCGAGUGGUUUAGUUACACCGGCAGCUUUUAACGGAACCUAUACUACGCAAGAGCAGAGUUUCUUAACCGCAACAUACAACAUUGGCCUUGCCUUUUUAGCAAUCGCAUAA